AUGGCGACCACCACUACCUCAAGCAACACAGCACAGUCAGACCUUCAACCCACCCACACACAGCAAACCGAACCCAAACACUACGUGACGGCCACAAACGCGCGCCUGCUCGCCUCCAACAUACUCAAAGCCAAUAACGUGCCUUCCCAGUCAGCAGACCUAAUCGCCCAACGCCUCAUCGCCGCCGACCUCCGCGGCAUCGACACACACGGCAUGGCCCGCCUCCCCAGCUACCUCGCCCGCAUUCGCUCCGGUGCCCUUUCUGCGACCGCCACGCCCACCUUUCACCCCAUUACACCCUGCGUUGGCCAAGUCGAUGGACAUAACGCCUUUGGCCACCUAUGCGCGCAUUUGGGCAUGAGCAAAGCCAUCGAGAUGGCGCAAACCUACGGGAUCGGGAUGGUGAGCGUGAAACGCUCCAAUCAUUUCGGCAUGUCUGCGUGGAUCGUGCAACAAGCGCUGGACGCAGGGAUGAUGAGUCUUGUGUUCACGAACAGCUCGCCUGCGUUGCCGGCGUGGGGUGGGAGGGAGAAGAUUCUAGGCGUUAGUCCGAUAGCUUGUGGGGCUCCAGGGGGUACGAAGGGGAGGGAUUUCGUGCUGGACAUGGCGCCUAGUGUUGCGGCGAGGGGGAAGAUACAUAAAGCGAAGCGGAGAGGGGAAAAGAUCCCUUGGGAUUGGGCAUUGGAUGGGGAGGGGAAGAGGACGGAUGAUCCGACGAAGGCAUUGGAGGAGGGGAGUGUGAUGUUGCCGAUGGGUGGGCCCAAAGGGAGUGGGUUGAGUGUUAUGAUGGAUGUGUUUAGUGGGGUUCUGAGCGGGUCGAACUACGCAGGAGGCGUGAUUGGGCCGUACGACGAAAAGAAUGUCGAUAAAGAGGCGGAUGUUGGGCAUUUUCUGGUGGCCAUCAAGCCGGAUCUAUUCAUGAGCAGUGAGGAGUUCAGAUCGCGGAUGGAUGUGUUGUAUCAGAAUGUGGUGGGUAGCAAGAAGAUGGACGGGGUCGACAGAAUCUACUUCCCGGGCGAGAUCGAACAGUUGGAGCAGGAGAAGAGGGAGAGGGAGGGUAUUCCGUUGGUGGAGGCGGAGGUGGAAGCGCUUAAUGCUGAAGCCAGGAGGCUGGAGUUGCCGAGAUGGUGUUGGAGACAAGUUGAAGCUGUACUCCCGUUUCAAGGGUCAUAUGCUUUGGCGCAGACCGCGCUACGAACAGCGUCGUGUGGCCAACGGUGCCCUCCUACAAAUACCGGCUGA